AUGGCCACGAUACUGGACCCUUCACACAUUUCCACUUUCUUCCUAUCACUUCCUCUUCCUUUCCAUCACUUCCAUACGUCCUUCGCAUCCGCAACCGGUACCGCAAGUGUCUCAUUCCAUCCUCUCGAUUUACGAUCCCACGACCUUACGCUCAAAAUGGCACUGUCAAAACGAGUCAACGACGCAAUCACCCGCGCGAACGAUGCAAAUCGGGCUGGCCCAAUCAUCGUUUCGCCUCCUGCAAAUCGUCCUGUGCCCUUCACGGUGGAGGAAGACGACCUGAUUCUGCGCCUCCGAUCCACGACGCAGCUCUCAUGGCCCGAAAUUGGAGCGCGCUUUCCGGAGCGUGGACGGCGUGCUGAUAUCUCUGUCCAAGUUCGUCAGUCUCGGGGACUCAACGCCAAGGCCAUGGCAGAUGUCAACGCUUUCCGCUCUCAUUUCGGAAUCACGGCAAAUUCCCUUCAAAAUGACGUUCAUUUCACGCGUGCGAACGGUGCUCACAUCCGAACUCCUGGAUCCAACGUCGCUGUCCCUGCCUAUGGACUCGUCACUCCCACCACUGGAGCACCUCAGGUCGUCAUCCCGUCUGCUGUCAUCGUCCCGUCCGUUGCUCCGAUUCCUACCCUCCCGGCUCCGACGCCUGCAUCUAGCUCCGAAAUCGCACCGAUUGCAGCAUCUUCUGACUCUUCUUCACUCCUGUCUGAAGCCCCUCGAACACCUGUCCUGGACGCGCAAGAACCUCCCGCGCCUGCUCCAAUCCCGAUCGCCUCGUCCGAGCAUCCCAAAGAAGCCUCCGAAUCCACCGCUCUUCCUGAUCCUUCUGCCUCUGCUCCACCAGCGCCUGUGGUGCCCCAACCCACGGUAGCCCCCGUCCAAACCGGUCGACCUGCACGCCCCGUUCGAGCCCGCGUUCCCGCUCCCGCUGCGACAGCCCCCAAAUCAGCUCCUGUCCGUCGCGCUGUUGGAACUCGAGUCCAGCCACUGAGGGCCCCCCCAGGUGGUUGGCACGAGUGGCUGUCUGCUCCGGUACCCGACAUAACUCAUCGGGGGACCCCCGAACACGCCCGCCUGGAAGCUGAGCUGAAGGCUCACACCGCGACCUUCCCCUUCUUCCCCGAAUCGAACUAUCGCGCAGACUUCGCGUGGAGUGCCCCAGUACCGCAAACCUUUGUGGAGAAGGAGCUGGAGGACGCCCGAAUUGAACGCGAAGAGGCGCAGGCUGCGGCUUUGGCCCCGAGACCAGCCGUGAUUCCGAUCGAAGACCUAGAGACCUCCGAAUUGGCUGCAUUGCUGGAGCUUCCAAAGGAGUCGAACUUCCCGACGUCGGAGAUCCUUCAACGUGCCAAGUGGCACAUCAAGCCGUACGCCGUCCGAUUCGACGGGAAGGAGUGGCGCCGCCCCAAAGCGGCGCCCAAACCAGCACCGAAGAAGAGGGCGGCUGCGGCGGUGGUGGACGCGCCGAUGGAGACUCGAGCUGCCAAGAAGGCGCGGCAGGGUUGA